AUGGCCGAAAAUUCUGCGUACCCGUCUCGGCCAUUGCGUAAUGGUGCCUCACACGACCACACCAUUUCUGCUUCAGACUCUCAACAAUUGAAUUCUUCUUCGGUCCCUGCUAAGCGCAAUGUUGAGGAAUUAGAUCCAGCCGUCAUCUCGUCACAUCCGCGAGAUAAACGGCGAAGAGGGACCGCCCCUAUCAAGAAAGAAUUCUUGAUCCAGCCUGAGGAUCUGAUAGAGUCACAGUCUCGUCACCAUGACCCGGAUGACGAUGCUGCAGAAGCAAUCCGUCAUAAUGACAGACAGCCCGUCAGCCAAAAACCCAAAGGUAAACAUCGCGAAAAGAAGUCAGGUCAGAACAAAGCUCGCGAUUAUGGUAGUUCCAGAGACGAAGUAGGUUUGUGUUCCACUCGAGUUCACAGACCCGAGUUCUCUCCUGAUCCAUGCCCUUAUGGAGACGAUUGUCGUUUCGAGCAUGAUAUCCGAAAAUACCUGAAAGAAUACAAGCGAAAAGACCUCACCACCUUCAACGGCCUGUGUCCCGUGUGGGAAAUAAAGGGAAGAUGUCCUGCUGGUUGGAAAUGUCGUUUCGCCGGCUCUCAUUCCAAAGAGGUCGAACGUGGUGAUUCCGGAUCAGAACUUGUCUUGGUUGAGGAUGCAGAUCUGAUUGCAAAACAUGCGCAGAUUUCCUCGGAGGGCGAGGAGACCGGGGUUGCCAACAUUUUACCGCCUCAGCAGAGAAUAGAGUUGACCAAGAGGAAAGUUUCUACACCCAAAUCAGAUGAAUUCUUAAAGUGGCUUAACACACGAGUUCAAGACCCAGCCGACCAAGGCCGAGGACAAAGAGGGAAAAAUGGAGCCCGCGCAAAUGGAUCCGUGCGAAAUUCGUCGUCACCAGAACCAGAAACUGAACAAGGUGUGCCGAAUGGGGAAGACCAGAUCGACUCCAGAGCUGCCUUUCAAGACCCUCCACUUCGACCAUCCGAGAAACGCCGUCUCUACUUCGGAGUUGAGACACCAAUCCUGGCCCCUCUAACAACACAGGGAAAUUUGCCUUUUCGGCGGUUAUGUACUUCGUUGGGAGCGACGUUUACCUAUUCUGAAAUGGCCAUGUCUUUACCCUUACUGCAGGGGCAGAAAUCGGAGUGGGCUCUCAUCAAGGCACAUGAAUCGGAAGUUCGGCCGCCUACAUUCUCACUCAAAAGCGAUGUCAACAUUGUGUAUAACUAUGACGCGAGCCAUGACCUCCGAUUUGGCGCUCAGAUUGCGGCAAACAAACCGUGGUUAGCAAUCAAAGCAACGGAAGUCCUCACGUCGCUGAUGCCCAAAGGUUUCCGAGUGAUUGAUCUCAACGCGGGAUGCCCCAUUGACUUGGUCUACAGAGAAGGAGCCGGCUCUGCUCUCAUGGACUCACCCCAUAAGUUGGAGAAGAUGCUGCGUGGAAUGAACACGGUCUCGGGCGAAACUCCAGUCACAGUGAAGAUCCGAACUGGUACGCGUGACAGACAACCGACGGCACAAAAGCUGGUAGAGAGGCUGGUUCUAGGUGGUGGACGGAGCCCAGGAGGUGGCUCUUGUGGCGUGGCGGCCAUCACCCUUCAUGGACGGUCAAGACAGCAGAGAUACACCCGUUCAGCAGACUGGGAAUACAUUGCAGAAACAGCGACCUUGAUCGGGGAACUGAAUGAGAAGGCGGAUGCCUUGACUGACACGAUUCACGAGACGGACGAACGAGAUCAGCCGAAUGGACACCAAGGGUCGAAAAAUGGCCGGGUGUUUUUCAUUGGAAACGGAGAUGUGUACUCUCACGAGCACUACUAUGAUCAUCUCCAACAUGCAGGAGUGGAUGGAGUCAUGGCGGCACGAGGUGCACUCAUCAAACCGUGGCUUUUCGAAGAGAUAGCAGCAGGCCAGUAUCUGGACAAGUCAUCCUCGGAACGACUACAAAUCGUGGAGCGAUUUUGCAGAUAUGGGCUGGAAGCAUGGGGAAGUGAUGAAAUCGGAGUUGGACAGACACGACGAUUCUUGCUGGAGUGGUUGAGCUUUGCUUGUCGAUAUGUGCCUGUCGGAAUGUUGGAGUAUCUUCCACCAAACCUUCAGGAUCGACCACCUCGACAUAGGGGAAGAGACGAACUCGAGACAUUGAUGGCCAGUGAUAAUUACAAGGACUGGAUUAAGAUCAGCGAAAUGUUCCUGGGUCCUGCGCAUCCAGAUUUUCGAUUCGAACCCAAACACAAGUCCAACAGCUACGAGAUUCAAGCGGAAGGAUGA